AUGACGACCGCGGCCUCCCCCGCCAGACGCGUCCUCGGGCCAAAAGACCCGAACGCGCCUCUACAACAACCCUCUAAGGCGUCGAGACCGGGGCUGCAGAUUGUCGACACCGUUUCACAAAGGGUGUCCGCGAAUGGGUCGCUUCUCACCAGUCCCCGAGCCGGUCAGAAACGCAAGCUGGAAGAAGUAUAUGAGUCUACACAGGCGGACUCGCGGGAAACAAUCAGUGUACACACUCUAUCCCAGGUCACGGCAAUGCAGAGCGAUGCGGUGUCUGAGGUCGAGGAGACUGCGCAGCCCUCGAUGACUUGGAGCAAAUCAACGCUGGACACAUCUUUUGCCUCAUUCCGUGGCUCGCAAGAAGAACCAUCGCAGGUCGAGGCCGAGUUUCACAUACAUGAAGAGCCCAGCCAACAGACACUAGACACUAUGCACGCCGUCAGCUUCGCGCAAACCACGUCCCAGCUCGUGCCGCCUCUGCGUCCAAACCUGGUCAAAGAAUCGUCUCAAGUCAGCCUAAGCAUGUCAAGCUUGAUCGACUUUGACAACAACCGCUCCUCCCAAGAGGAGGACAUGCACAUGAUCGAGGAGCUUGAGGUACCUAUACAGGUAGCCGCCGCCAAGGAGGAUGCGAGGAAAGAGAUGAUGCUCGAGAGAGCAGAAGCCCUGCGCACGCGAUUACAGCUCGCCUUCUACAAGAUACAAACCAACCAGAUCAUGACGCCACUUGCACGCCUGCAAGUGCCAAAGGACAGAUCGUCGUCGCCCAGCUUACCAGCACUGUCGUCCUCCCCACGGUCCUCGUCAACCGUACGACCAGACCAUAGUGAAACUACAACCAUAUCUCCCGAGUCUCGAGUUGCAUUGGCACGUGCCCGAGCGACGUUGGGUCCUAGACCGGCUGUGCGCGCCCUGUCGACACUGCCCAUACCGAAAAUCACGCCCACCGCGUUCUCUGCCAGGUGGAAUGACGAAGAUAGCGGCCUCCGCGAAAGCAAACGUACGGGCCCCGCCCAGGAGGACCUACCGAGUAGUCCGCCUGUAGACGUCGGUCCGCGAGAUGCCGCUGAAGAGUCAGGGGAGGCGGAACCGAAAACGCCCGAACAUUUAUCAAGCUCUGUGAUUUGUGAUCUUGAACGCGACGUCGAUGAGAAUGAGAUUGUCAAGGGGAACAAGCUACGGCCACGUGCUCUCACCAGUAGUGUUGUCAAGGGCGAGGCUGCAAACAGCUUGCUUGAGCUCGUUAGGGCGGCCCGGUCGGCAAGGUCAGCAAUGUCGGAAUUGUGA